AUGUCAGCGUCUAAUGAAAAUGAACAAGAAUAUGAUAAUCAAUCCAGAACUCAAAGCUUAAAGUAUCGUAGUAGACCAGCUGUUCCUUUAGUUCGAAUUGAUUCUAACAUUCUUGAUAAUUCACCAACUAUUGUCCAAACUACUACUUAUCCACCACGAAAUCAUCAUGAUAAUUUAUCAACUAUAGAUUUAGGAAUUUAUAAUCAAUUGAAACAACAUGAUUCAAAACAUAUUGCAAGCUUUUCGAGUGCUGAAGAUAUAUUUUAUGAAGCUUCACCAACAUUAAGAGAUUUAGAACCACUUCAACUACAACCACCACCACCAACCGUUGAUGAUUCAAGAUAUUUUCCAUCUUUAUUGGAAGAAACAAAUUAUCCAACAAUCUCAGUAAUCAUGGAGCCCCAUAUGACAAAACCAUUGCAGAAGGGAUAUGAUUUAGAUUUACAAAUAUCAACCGAUCCAAUGAUGAUUCCUAAUACUGGUCCAUUUUAUAAUGAUAGAGAUGAAGAAAGUUUUGAAGAUAAUGAAGUUCUGGCAUUACUUCGUAUAAUCGAAUAUGAAAUAAAACUUGAGAAUGAAACUAUUGAAUCCAUUUCUUGGCCAUCAAAAGUUGGAAGUUGGUUUAAAGGUAUGUUUACUAGAACUGAUUAUGAAAAAGAAUAUCCUUGGACUACUUUUAUUACUCGAUCGGAAAGUCCUCCCCUGGAAUUGAAACAAGAUGAUGUUCAUUUAGAUGAAAUCUUUCAAAAUAUCUAUAAUUCUUAUUAG